GAGGUAGUGUGAGAGAGACAGAGUGAGGGGAUUGUUGCAAAGAAGGGCAGAGCAUCAGCAAUAGAGGUGAAUAACAUUAUUGUAGGUUUGCCUGUAUGUUACUGGUAUCUACUAUACUGAGAAGAAUUUUACAUCGCCUUUGACAGCAAAAUAUGUCAACAUAUAAGCUAAGAAGACAAGGAUAAUAGACUGAAUAUGAUCUAAUGCUCGACUUAACUGCUGAGAGAGAGCGACAGUCAUGAGUGCAGCAGUUGCCUAUUUCCUUUCUAUCCUUAGGACAAUAUUCUGCAAUCAAUAAAAUCGACUAUCAAUUGUCAUUAAUAGACCUUUACUUUAGGUUGAAAGCUGCUGUAACAAUUGGAGGAGAACUUACCUACAAUGCAAGUUACCUCUGGGAGAACAAUAGAGGUUAGCACGGCAGCUGUUUAAACUGCUCUCAGAAAUACACCGAACAACCGCAUCUAAACGGAUCCUUUAUUUUUGACUCGCAUAGUUGGACCAUGGCGACGAUCACUAAACAGGACUCAAACGCCCAAGCACGGGUUUAUUUCAAAACCCCUCCCGGUACCGAAGAUUCUGAAGUAGUGCAAAAGCAAGGGCGGGUUACCGUCAAAUACGACAGAAAAGAACUGAGAAAGAGACUCAAUUUGGAAGAGUGGAUAAUUGAUCAGUUAACGGAUUUAUACGACUGUGAGGAGGAGGAGAUUCCUGAGCUGGAGAUAGAUGUGGAUGAGCUGCUGGACAUGCCCACGGAUGGAGACAGGGCCUUGAGGGUCAAGGGUUUGUUGGUCGGCUGUUUCAAACCUUCAGAUGAUUUUAUCACGGCACUUCUGGAGAAGGUCAAAGGUCUUCAGAAACUCAACACUCCCCCCAAAAAGAGUGAAAAAACCCCUCCAUAACCUCGUAAGAACCACUGCUUCGUUAAAAACAACUCAGUUCAACACAGGGAUGACCAGCUACUCCCAGAAUUUCUCAGUCAGCAACAUUGGGAAGAGGACCAACCAAUCAAAUCUCUAGUGCAGGGAUUACUUAGUCUCUUUCUUUGUUACGUCUUGUCUAUUUAUAAACAUAUACAUACACAGGUGUCAGUGAUCAAUGUUUUAUUAUCAAUAGCAUAAGUUAGCAUUGUAUUGAUAAACCAAUGAGUUGACAUUGAGAAGGAGAAUGUUUACUUGAGCUAUGAAUCAAUAAUUAUGAGCAUGAUACUUGCUUUAGUGUGUAAUGGCUCACGGCUCAUAGCGAGCAAUGACAGAACCCCCAAUUAAAUCUCAGUAAGUGGUGAAUUGGCCUACAACUAUACAUUCUUAUAACAUUAAGAUUCUUAUAGCAUUUGCUUUCAAGUCGUAACCUAAAAAAGUGACAGACAUUGGUAUUGUGGCAUUAUAACUAUGGGAGUCGUAGUUCAAGUACAUUUCUGUCAUUGUUGACUAAGAAUGCUAUACGUGAAAUAAGGUAGUUAACGCUGUGAAAGUCCUGUAUAAUGACUUCACGAUAGUACUGUAGGUAAAGAAUAGGCUGUUACUAAAGUCAUCAUCUUUUCAAACUUCUAUUCUGAAAUAGGAAGUGUGUUUUCUGUGUUGGAGAAGAAUGUGUUGGCCUGUUGAACACAGGCAAACAUACUAAAAACAUGUUUUAACUUUUGAAAUGAACUUUGAUUACUAUAGCAUACUGUCAACCCCAUAGAGUUGUUGCAAACCCUAUAUACUAUAAUCCUGAUGGUGUGUACCGUCUGUUGACCCCUGUUGACCCCCAGGUCAGGUCUGUUGACCUGACCUGCGGGAGUUUAGACCUUUUCUUCCAUAGCUUUUUGUUUCUUAAACUAAAUAGAAAUACGCUUGCUUUUGAUAAAAGUACUGCAGAAUGGACCUGAUAGACCUGAGGGCAUAUUUGAUGAUUGUAUUGACUAGCCUACCUUUUUUGAUCUGUGUGUGUGUGAUAUUAGAUAGUGGGUUGUGUGUCUGUUUAAAACACAUUUUAAUGAUCAAGCUGUCUCCCUCACCUUCCAUUUGACUGUUUCCUGCACCAUGAAAUACAUCUACACAUUAGACUGUGACCUAAUAACCACUGUUGGGCUAACAUUUAGGUGUGAUGUUCAGUAAUAUGAUAUGUUGUCCUAUGGAAAUGGCUAAGCCUACAGGUAAACAGCCAUAACUGUGUGUUUUCAUUUUUAAAUACUGCGUCGUCGUUGCAUCUUCAUUUACAAAAUCAGAACGGAACAUUGGAUGAACCUCCAACUGUCUCUCCAGCCAAGGCACAUAGCUACAGUUGUUCAUUGCUGAUAUUUCUGUCAACACAGUUAAGGGCACAUCUUGGUUGCUGAAAGCUUGUCAGAUUGUGGCUUAGGUAGUCAGAUGUUAUUGUAGUAUGUAUCGAUGGCUGGGCAUGAAGGUCAACAGGGUGACUUAACUUUAGUGCUGCUGGCAUGACGGUCAAGCUGCAUGUGAGUGGUCAAGAUGUGAUUACAACAACUGUAGUGAUGUAAUGUAGCAAUACUCAAUGGUGCUGUUUGCCAAUUUGUUACCUUUUUAUGACAACUCAAUAAAGUGUUUUACUUCUG